CGAACAAUUCAUAUCAAUCAGUUCCGACUUAUCUAAACAAAUCACAUAGUCUGUUAACGUUAAAAAUCAGUCUGGCACUCUUAUUUUACAUGAACAUAAUACACGCAAUGAAUUUUUUAUUAUCGAGAAGAACAUCCUUUUCAUCUUGGGCGUGUGCUUAGGGAUGUAAAGGGUGGGAGCAAGAUGUGCAAUAUAUAUAACCAAGCAAGAUUUGAUUGUAUUCAGUUGCAAACAUAUCUUAAAUUUCUUAUAAUGAAAAUGUAUAUUGCGGGUUUGUGUACUCUGCUGUUCGAGCUUGUCGUGAUAUCUGGUGUACCACUAGCGUACGAUGACUAUCGGUUUCCUCGUUCACCACAACGCGCGGUUAUGCUGAGUGGAUAUUAUGGUGGCCCUUCCGAAUAUAACCCCGAAGGCGCAAUGACUGCAUUUGUUACUGGAGAUACCUUAGCCACAAAUUCGUUCCUUGGUAGGAAACAUAACAGUGCUACAGAUCCUGAGGAAUUUGAUGUCCCUGUAGAGGAAAACGUUGAACACGGUUUAACACCACCGGCACUGGUUCAACCAAAUCGAGAAAUCUCAAAUGGAGGAGUGCAACCAGACGCGUUUCCACAAAACGGCGGGUCACCAGCUAAACGUAAUCCGAAACGUAAACCUGUGAAACCCGUAGAAGCAGAAGAAGAUGGCGACGAAGAUGAAGGGUCUUGGCCAUUCCAACAGGGUCGACGGGUACCUUCAUAUAAUGCUUUCUUUCCAAUCAUGUUUGGAGGAUAUCGAGGAGUAAAAGGUAGAGAUUCUGAUGGAGGUUUUCCAGGAAGUGCUACUGCCAUUGCAAACAGUUUUAGCACAGGUAGAGGGGGGGUCGCGAGCAGUCACGCAACAGCCUACGGCGAUCCGUACGUCAACGCCUUAUUGAAAGGACUACAGAAAAAGCCGUCACAAAAGGAAGAGUAGAGUAUUACUGUGUGAAUUAUUGAAAGAACUUUUAAGGUGCUUACUUUUUACCAAUUUUACAUUCAUUAAAAUUCAAUGAUAAAUUUA